UCGCUGGAGACGGGAUCGAGUAUCGCAGUUUUCUGUUUUGUACAGUCUUGUGCCGGUUAAUGAUUUAUUUUCAUCAGUUUAUCCGAUCAACAAGAGUCUGAAGACAUUAAUACCUUAAGAAAACCGAAAGCUCACGAGUUUGCAAGAUGGAGGAAGAUUUGGUAGAUCAUAGUACUGUUCGCAUUGUUAUUAAAGACGAAGAUUCAGUCCUUGAAAGGUCAGCCAUUGCAAACGUACAAAAUUCGUGUUGGCCUGAAAAAAUGAUGCGGUGCAUAUAUAAUUUAACAUCAUACUUCCGGAAGCCAGACCUAAAAUGUGAAAACGAAGAAAUAUGGGAGGUACCUUAUGAAUCCAUUACUGACCAUGUAUAUAUUGGAUCUGGAGCUCAAGGAGUAGUAUACAGAGGUAUAUUACGAGGAGAGAUGGUGGCUGUCAAAAAACUUACAAAAAAAUCAGAGACAGAUAUCAAGCACCUAAGGAAGUUAAACCAUGAGAAUAUUGUUCGCUUUCGUGGUGUGUGCAGUGAGCCACCAUACUGCAUUAUUAUGGAGUACUGUCAGUAUGGACGUCUAUUUGAAUUCCUGCAUAGUGGCGUAAGCUUCACUCCCAGCCAGAUCCUGAAGUGGGCUAAGGAAAUUGCUCAUGGCAUGAGCUAUCUUCAUAGCCAUAAGAUUAUACACCGUGACUUAAAAAGUCCCAACCUUUUGAUUGCGGAUAAUUUAGUGGUGAAAGUUAGUGAUUUCGGUACUAGUCGCGAAUGGAAUGAUGUUAGCGAGAUAAUGAGUUUCACGGGCACAGUAGCUUGGAUGGCACCAGAAGUGAUACGCCAUGAGCCAUGUUCUGAGCGGGUUGAUGUAUGGUCAUAUGGCGUUGUGUUGUGGGAGUUGCUGACUCAGGAGGUUCCUUACAAGAGUCUCGAGACUCAUGCUGUGAUGUGGGGAGUUGGCACUGACACUAUUUCGCUCCACAUCCCAUCCACCUGCCCGGAUAGUCUUCAAUUAUUGCUGAACCAGUGUUGGAGUCGCGUACCGCGUAACAGACCACCAUUCAAGAUCAUUUUGGCGCAUUUGGACGUCGCUGGCGAUGAACUGAAUGCAAUGUGCUUGGAUCGCUUCAACGAAAUCCAAAGUGGCUGGCGUCAGGAAGUGCGACAUAGUAUGGAGAAAAUGUAUGCAAGACCCGAGCAGUCACAAGCGCAAGAUACAACCAACCGUCGCGAAGAAGAGAAACAGGCUCGCCGAAUGUACGAGAAGCAAUUGAUGCGCGCUAACGAACUGUACAUGGAGGUGUGCUCCGUCCGCCUCCAGCUGGAGCAACGUGAAAAGGAUAUUGCUGAGCGCGAGAAAGCUUUGAAGAACUGCCAUUGCAAAUCACGCAAGAAGUUUAAGCAGUACAAUCGUCAGACGUCAACAUCAUCUGAUGGACCGAAGGUUCCAUCGCCAUGCAAUCAGCCUAACAUUGAUGCGCUGCGACGUCGCAAGAAGAAGCAGCCGGAGCCCAAUCCUCACGCUCAGGUGCUGGUGAACCUCGUCAACUCGGAAACUGUGUCCAUCGCAGUUAUUGAUGAUCGCACCGGCUGCGAAUGUGACAACAUUAUAGAUAACAACAACAUUGAAACAAUGCUGCCAAUGAAGGAUUCCUUCGUUGAGGCCAACGGCAAUGACGUCAAAGACAUUGCCUGCAAUAUUCACUUCAACAAACUGUCCCUUGUAUAAAUUACUCACAAAGUCUAUUCACAUUCCGAAUAGCUCUUUGCUGCAUAGUAUUUCUCAUUCUACAUGCAUGUAAUGAUGGUUUACUUAAUGUAGUAUAUAAAACAGUAUUAAUGCAGUUGAUGCAUUUUCAAAGUAAAUCAUUCUCAUCUCUUUUCUAUAUUUAAUGUGUUGGUAUUCCAUUUUGAAUGGUUCAGUUGCGGAAUGGAGCUUUGAUAAGGCACAUGUGUGGAUUUAUAUUUUUUUAUUUGUGAGUUUCACUGGCCUAAAACUAU